AAACUAAGACAUUAAUCAAAGAAGAUGCAGGGUAUAGUUUGUUUGUUUGGGUUUUUUGGGGGGUCACACUGAAUGAAAAUCUUGAAUGUGAUUUAUAUGAUUAUAAUAAUUGAUCUGAAUAUUACUUAAUUCUUGUGAUUGCAAUAAUGUAGUGAAUCAUUUUUCAGUGAGUUCUGUUUUUUUGUUAAGUGUUGCUUUGUUGUUUAAGACUGAAAACAGCAUGUGUUGUGAUACUACCACUGUGUACUCAUAUACAAGUUGUGUGUGUUUUCAUGGCUUCACUCACCCCCUCUUUUUUUCAUAAUGUGCGAGUGUGAAUGUCAUUGACUAUCAGUAUGAAGUUUGCCAACUCCACCUGGAAACCCCACCCUGCAAAACAACCCCUGCUACAGAAACUGCAACUGCACUAACACAACGAGAGCCUGGAUGGGAAUUUCCCUCUUUAGAAGUGCCUAUGACACGUACGUGUUGGUGAAAGCCUUUGGGAAGUCAGCUCCCUGACCCAUCUUCUCAUGGCCAAGGCAAAAACCAGGAUAAGGACCUGGAACACCAGAACCCUAUACAAGAGAGGGAAAUCAGCUCAGGUAGCCCAGGAAAUGAAGAACUAUGGCUCAUCAAGCUUCUCUGCCUGUGCGAGACCAGGUGGAAUGGCAGUGGUCAGACCAACUUUCGUCAAGGGAGACUAUCAUUUUUGCAUCUACUCUUGGACAUGAAGACCAUGACCACACACAAGGAGUAGCAGUACUGAUGAUACUGGAGGCUGCAAGAGCACUAAAAGUAUGGGAGGCAGUUUCUCCAUGACUCAUGUCAGCUCGGUUCAACUUUAAAGGAAGUAAGAUCACGAUGAUUCAGUGCUAUGAACUUACCAAUGCAGCUGAAGAAGAGGAAAAGGAAGACUUUUACAACUCCCUACAAGUGCUGGUUGAUUAUACUCCAAAAUGAGACCUUAAGAUCAUAAUGGGCGACAUAAAUGCUUAAGUUAAAAAAAAAAACACCGACAAAGGACACAUGAUAGGAAAGCACAGUGUGGGCAAUUGCAGUGAGAAUGGUGGCUACCGCUUCCUGGUUCUGUUUUUCAACUGCAUGCUGACCUUUGGCUCAUAUUUCUGUUUUGACAUGCCCAGCGUCCUUCAAACAACUUUUACAGAUACAAACAACUGUACCACCAGCAACUUUACUUGCAAUAAUUGCACAGACUGUCUGGGAAUGUCACAAGAUGACUAUAAUCUACUUUAUGCCAUUUAUGCGUGGACGAAUGCAGCAGUUGUAAUAGCAGCUGGAUUUUUGAUUGACAAGAUGGGAAACAGAGUUGGAGCAUUUUUGUUCUCCUUCCUUUGUGUGCUGGGAUCAUCAACAUUUGCAGCUUCCCUAUUUUUCCGUGGCACAGCAGUCAUGUUCCCCCUGAUGCUGGUUGGACGUCUUCUUUUUGGCUCAGGAAAUGGGUCACUCACCAUUGUACAGAAUCGAAUCACAUCAUACUGGUUCAAGGAAAAAGAAUUGGCCAUGGCAUUUGGAAUAACUCUGUGCUUCUCUCGCUUAGGCAGUGUCCUAAACUUUUUCACACAGAGUUUUCAAGAAAAGUAUGGUCUGCUGGUAACACUUUGGGGUGGUGCCUUCCUAUGUCUUCUGGGUUUUAUCUCAGCCAUCCUUGUCAGCUUCUUAGACAAGUGGGGAGUGCAGCAACUUGGAGAUGAUGCCAGUCAAAAGAGCAACUCUAAAAAACUGAAAAUCACAGAUAUAAGACAUCUUUCCUUGCAGUUCUGGCUUGUAGCAUUCUCCAUCAUGUUUUUCUACAAUGGUGUCUUCCCAUUUAUGGCAGAUGCUAGCAAAUUUAUUCACGACAAAUAUGGUGAAAGGUACAGCCUAAAUGAGAAAACAUCAGCAUACAUCGCAGGAGCUGUCUAUGAUGUGUCUAUGAUUAUUUCUCCCUUCCUUGGUGGCAUGAUUGACAUCAUUGGAAAACGAGGCAUACUGGCUUUCCUUUGUGCUUUCCUGACAAUUCCGGUGUUUGGGCUCCUUGCUUUUAGUAUGGUUUAUCCUCUGGUAGCUACUUUCUGGCUUGGCGUCACCUACUCCUUUGCAGCAGCCAGCAUGUGGCCAACCAUCCCACUUGUUGUGACCCAGGCCACAGUGGGUACCGCUAUGGGAUUGACCACAUCAUUGCAAAUGAUUGGAAUCGGCAUCUCCAACCUAGUUGUUGGUCAGAUUCUGGGCAAGAAGGAUGACAAUACUACAUCAGCUGAUAAACAGAAGGAGCUUGAAAGAUGGAAAUUUGUCAUGAUUUCUUUGGCCAAUGUACUCUCCUGCAUGGCUGUAACCACAGUCCUUAACAUUGUUGACAAACGACGGGGUGGUUUAUUAAACAUCAGUAGGAAGCAGAAGCAGCAGCUGUUACAAGAAAGAGAACAGCUGAUCAAAGGUCUCCCAGAGUCCCAUGGAGAAUCAGAUGGGGAAGAAAAUGAUCCAUUGUUACCAGGCCGACGGCACAAAAUUAACUGAUCACAGUAGCUGAAUAAAGAAAUAAUGACUUUCUUACUUUCUAUCAUACAGGGGCUAUGGGGAGAGUCUUAAAAAAAUAUAAAAUUAUGUGUGCCUUUUGACCAAGGACUUUUUUAAAAGAUUACCUUGGGGUUGGUUUCUGUUUGUUGUUUACCAUUUCAUUUUUUUUUUAUGAGAAUGCUAAAGAUAGAUGUGAAGGGUUGGGAUACUUUUGUACACUGAAGAAAUUGUAACACUCACAAAAACAAAGGCACUGGUUUUUAUAUUGUUUUAUACACAUCAAUUUAUUAAGUGAAGGAUUUAAACAGUUACCAGUAUUGUUUGGGGCAUUUUGACACAAACUGCUGAGUUGAACCAUUUAUGAAGCUUAAGGAACAUUAUUCCAGAUUGUAUAUCACAUAACCUAUGACCCAUGUCCUCUUUAGCCCACGUGUGAUAAUUUGUGUUUAACUGAAAUCUGCUCUUUAAUAUUAUUUCACAUUCAUCACUAUACUUUAUUAAAAAACCUUCUGGUUUAUAACAGGUUAAUAGCAGUAAAAUGAUCUUAUAGCCUUACUCUGACUGUUACCUCUGAUAGUCACUACUGUGCAUUAUUUUCAGUGUUUUGCCUUAUUUCCCCAUCACUCCUUUCCCACUAUGUAAAUAUCAUUGAGUUGUAAGUAAUUUCAUGAUACAUAAUCAUCUCUAUGCACAAAUCAAUCACUCAUUGAUGCAGCCUACCCUCCUCUGUUGCAUUACCAUGAAAAAAUAUAGUGGAAAAUGCACACAGUUGUCCCCAGUUUGUUGCUGAUAAGGCUUCAGCCACAUUUAUAAGUGUACGUGUAAGGUGUGUCCUUAGUUAAGAACUUGGACUUGAAAAUUAUUUGCUGCUGCCUUUGUUCUUCUGGUCUCUGCUACCUUUUUAAGCAUUUAUAGAUGAUUUUGGACACUUUCAGUACUGUUUGCAGUACUAUUGCAGUCACUUUAUUUAGUUUCGAUCCACUACCCUGAUGCUGUGAUGUUUUUAGAAAAAUGAUGUGUAACUAGACCUGAUACAAUUCAUUUCCUUUCUGCUUAAAAUAGCAGACACCUGGUUGAAAAAGCUAGUCUUUUUUUAUCUUUUUAUCUUUUUUAAACAUUGUGUUCCACAUUAUAUAGUAUAGUUAAUACCAUUGUCUACAUGAGCAGAGUACAGAUUGAAGAGAUUGAAGCAAACCUUUCCAAAGAGGGCAGCUACAUAGCAAUGGCCAGGCUGAACAGGAUUGGGUGCAGUUUGCUAGCAACUACAGCUGUACAAGUCCUUCAUAGUUCCCAUCCUGCUGUUAUAUCUGAGACAAGGACUUUGCUUGCUGAUGUGGAUAAAAGAAUUAAGGCAUUUGAGACUACUCUGAAUUUCUUGAUAUAAAACUCAAGACUAAUAGGGCUUGCUGCCUGCAGCUCUACAGCUUUAAUGGCAAGCCUUGUCUGCUGUUACAUGUGGUCACAGAUUAGCUACAUCUUUAAGUUUUACUCAUUGGUUCUAUUGUCUCUCAUUCCAUUGCAGAAUAUUAAAUGGUCAGUGAUAAAGUCUUCAAUAAUCAGAUAAGUCUUUUUUUUUUGGUUGUUUAAAAGUGUACCUGGAUUUCUUGCAGUCAUUUCUCAUGUGUAUUCUGAGAAAUUCAUGCUGUUUGGGGGGGGGGUAUUUUUUUUAGGUUAAAUGGUAAGUCCUUUAGUUUAGAGACAGUGGACUGUAAGAGGUUCAUCUAACUAAAGCAUGGGGAAUGUGGAGCCCAAUCGUUUGGCCUUUUCAUUGCUGCUGAGAGGACAGAGAUUUUUUUUUUCUGUCAUUGACCAAGGACUCAAACCUACAUUUUAGACUAAGUUUUGCACAGUUAGUCUCUUUUAAUUGUUUUCAAUAUGCAUUUGAAAGGGCUGAUAUUUAAUCAUGAGAUUUUAUGCUUAGUCAUAGCACAAUUUACAAUAAAAAUCUGAAGCAAAAUUAGUUAUUCUGCAAAUUUGUAACUGUAGCACGUUGUAAGAUAAUUACUGUUUAAUUUUUGACAUCUUUGAUAGGACAAGUUCACUCGAAGCACAGGCCAGAAUUUUUGAUUUUAUGAAAUACUUCUUGAUGUUAAAAUAUUUUUGCUGACAACUUUAUUUAGUUGAAAAGAAUUCCAGUAUUAAGCAGCUUUGACUCAUUUGUUGCAAAAUCAAACAUGACAUCGUUCAGGUUAAAUAGUGUUUGCAAGUAAUGGUUUCAUUGCUUUUACUGAAUGCAUUGAACGAUUAUCAUGUCACAUACAUAAUUUUUUGCAAUGCAUUCUGAACAAUAAAUAAAAAUCUUGUUUCAAUGA